AGGCGCCGCAUCCGGAGGCUGCCGGGCACCGCAUAAAGCGGCAGACGCACCGUGUGCCCCGCAGCCGCUCGGGCCGGUAGCCGCUGCCGAGAAGCUGCUCCGAUGCUCCAGAGCGGCCAUGGGUGUCCCGCACUGGUGGGACCAGCUGCGGGCUGGCAGCUCCGAGGUGGACUGGUGCGAGGACAACUACACCAUCGUGCCUGCCAUCGCCGAGUUCUACAACACGAUCAGCAACGUCUUAUUUUUCGUUUUGCCUCCCAUCUGCAUGUGCUUGUUCCGCCAGUACGCGGCGUGUUUCAACAGCGGCAUCUACUUAAUAUGGGCCCUCCUGGUUGUAGUGGGAAUUGGCUCAGUCUACUUCCAUGCAACUCUUAGUUUCCUGGGUCAGAUGAUCGAUGAGCUUGCCAUCCUUUGGGUUCUGAUGUGUGCCUUGGCCAUGUGGUUUCCCCGGAGAUAUUUACCAAAGAUCUUUCGGAAUGACAGGGGCAGGUUCAAGGCAGUGGUGUGUGUCCUGUCUGCAGUUACAACGUGCCUAGCAUUUGUCAAGCCCGCCAUCAACAAUAUCUCUCUGAUGAUUCUGGGGGUUCCAUGCACUGGGCUGCUCAUCGCAGAGCUGAAGAGGUGUGACAAUGUCCGGGUUUUUAAGCUAGGCCUCUUCUCUGGCCUCUGGUGGACUCUCGCCGUCUUCUGCUGGAUCAGCGACCGGGCUUUCUGUGAGCUGCUCUCCGCCUUCCACUUCCCCUACCUGCACUGUGUGUGGCACAUCCUCAUCUGCCUUGCCGCAUACCUGGGCUGUGUGUGCUUUGCCUAUUUUGAUGCUGUUUCGGAGAUACCUGAGCAAGGUCCAGUCAUCAGAUUCUGGCCCAGUGAGAAAUGGGCUUUUAUCGGUGUCCCCUACGUGUCUCUCCUGUGUGCCCACAAGAAGUCGCCAGUCAAGAUUACGUGAUGGCAAGGCAGUGGCUGGCUUCUCUACUUAUUUUUCUUCGUGCACUGGGCUUCAUUUGCUAGCAAAGAUAGCCGAGGGGGGGUUGAAGGAUCAGUAUGGGUGUGUCUGUUUAAAAUUCUGUUCCUUUGGGCUCUAACUGGACCACUGUACCUGGGAAGGAGGGUCCAUCCUUCCCUAGGCUGGGGAACGGAGGACUCAGGGACACUAUGCAUGUCUUUCUCAGCAUCCCUUCCAGGCACAUGGGCUUGCUGGGUUAUGUCUGUAAUGGCCCUGGCACAGUAGAUCUUUGGGAGACCUAGGUGGCCCAAGGCUUCUUGGUUAGAAGGUGGCUUGCUGUAGAUCCCUCAUUUCCCAGGCUCUCUGGUUACAUAGUAGUCAGCCUCUCUGACACACAAGACCUUCUGAAUUUUUGAUGGAAGGUCCCAGAGCAAAUUUUAUUUUGGGAGAAACUGUCCCUUACCCAAACCAAGUGGACGAAACAGACACAUGAGGGCCAUGGCUGAGGGGCGGGGUGGCUCAUCACUUGUUCCUCUUAGCUUUCCCAGGUCUUCCACGUGCUUGUGGAUCCGUCUUCCACUACCUCUUCUGAGAGAUGGAGCCUUGGCUUCAGAGGGCAAAGCUCGUAACACCCUCUCUGCCAAAACCUACCCUCCGCUUUAAGCACACAUUAAAUAUUGACAUUGUUUCUGCUCCUCCUGAAGUUCAGCAGCCUCAGACCCACAGAGAAUUGUUCUGGUGUGAAGAUUCCACGCACAGCCCCUCUGCUUUACCCCUUGACCUCUGCGAGAGCCCCGGGGACCUAUUUCAAUCACCGAGGCAGCUCUGGUUUUGACUGCGGAGCACCCGGGAGGCUUUUGGAAAGUUUUUCUUAUUGGAAGUGUCCACUAUGUUAUUACCUCUCUAACACUCUGAGCCCAUUUCUCUACUGUGUCCAGGGGAUGUGGGCCUCCUGGGGAUGUGGGC